AUGUUUCGUGGAGGAUUACCAUCAUAUCCAUAUCUGCGGCCACCUUCGCCUGGGCCUCGAUCUCAUCGGAAAAGAGUAUCGGUGAACACCUCAUCAAGCCAGACAUCGUCCCCUUCUUCAUCUACACAUGCUGCCGGUGUCGAAAAGAAACCCAUACCUCCGGAGAAAUUCCAAAGUGCUCUGAAGCUAUAUAGCGAGUUUCGGAUGAAAGAAGGAUUGGCGCAACGAUCCCCGGACCCAAACGCGACAUCGCCAAGUAGCAUUGUGUCAUUUGGUGCUCCUGGACCUCUCACCAAUGCCUCUCGGUCAUCUCAAUCUAAAACUGUACAUUCGUUUGAUGCAGCCCCUUCGGAUUGGUCUUCGGUGAUAUCAUUCGAUACCAGCAGUCAGCAUUCGGUCAAAUCUGGAGCAAAGAAUAAAGCAAUCUCUUAUAAAGGCAAAGCAGUAUCACAACGGAAAAGGAAAAGGUUCCCCCCUGUGCCUAAAGCCGAAACGGCCUUAAUUCGACAUUUAGGGGCUUGCGGGAAAUGUAGAGGUCGUAAUGUCAAAUGUCCCUUAGAACAUCACGAUAUCGAAAGUCUAGACCGUGCCCUACAAUCAAGUCCUAGCAAACAAGAAUUCGACUCACAGUGCUACAACUCGACUUCCCCUAUGAACGAGUCUCAAAAUGCAAAAACCCCUUCUGGACAAGCUACACCAGUCAAUUCGCAAGUACAAUAUGAACUGCAGGGUAUCGGUGAGAAGUUUGAUGUCGCGCCCGACAUAUCCCUCGAUCACGAUUUGAUCCUUUCGCCCAUUAUUGAUCUGGAGACCAGCCAAAGCCAAAGUGAAAACGGCUUAUCGACCUCCAUAAGUCUUGAGACCCGUGUUGCGAACCACUAUUCCCCCUUCCGACAUGGUGGUCAAUUUCCUCUUGGCGUUUGGGAUUGUUCGACUUAUAAAUGUUACUUUCUUGAUGGCGAAUGUCGGCACUCCUUCGUUGAUGAAGAAUCUUUACAGGCACAUUUUGAGGACAGCCACUUCGAGUUUACCCGCAUUGAUCCUUGUCUUAGAUUGAUUUGCACUGAAUGCUUUUGUGUGACCACCUCUCACUCUUGCGGCUGUGGUGGCACAGUGAAAUUGUUCAUCUGUGGGAAUUACAUACCAACUGGACAUUAUCCUUCCGAACCGUCGCCUAGAACAUCCUAUUCCUAUACUGGAUUAAACAUACCCACAAUACUUUCAGACGAUUCUUAUACAAAUACAGCUUUUGGACAAGGGCUUGGCUUUCAUACCAACGGGACUCAGAACUUCGGCAGUAACGCUAACAGCAUCUUUUAUGGCGAUGGCAGUAAUAUGUACCCAAGCCCCAAUUCCUCCACGUAUGGUUCCUACAAUUAUGAUUCUACACAACCCGGUGGGAAUCGAUAUAAUGGAUAUGCAUGGGCGCUGACUCUGGGAGCAAAGAAGGCUACUGAAACUCCUGUACCCUAUUGCGUGAUGAACUUCAGACAAACUUCGAGGCAUCAAAAGAUAUUAGUAUAUGUAUUACUUUCCUUGAUACUUAUCUUCACUGGCUUUCAACUCUUCCCCUGGAUUAUAUCUACCGUCUCGAAAAUCGAUCAGUUUCUACCUAGUAUCCCAACUCUAGGAUUCAUAGGAUUUCUGAUAUCUUUUGCUACAAGUUGGGCUACGAGACAUGUUCAUUCUUCUCGCAAAGCUAAGCAAUGCAAAAUGCGUCGAUGCCCCCUUCAUACUCUUACACCCCUCAACCCCCAAUACGGCCAAAGAGUAAUUCCUGUCUUGAUACAUGCGAGUGUUUCAUGA